GAUUAACAGGGAGCAUGAGGCAGGCGCAGUAGCAGACUCCUAUAUCCGAGAGAAGGAGACAGACGGUGCCAGCUGCUAGCUAAUUUAGCUCUAGUAGACAGUUAGCAACUAGCUUCAGAGUCCUAGCGCCUUAACUACAUAUGAGGCACUGAGCAAGAGUGUGCUUGCGUGUGUGUGUGGCUGCGCGUGUGUCUACUCGCCCCGCUCGGCUGUCCUAAGUCACUCCGUGUGUGUAGCCUACCUGUGUGUGUGUGUGUGUAUAUAAAAACUCCCCUAUCUUCCUUUUCCGAUCAGCAGCGUGUCUGUUGUGAGGUUAGCACGCAGGGAAGCAACACAUAAACACACUCUGAUACUCGACUGUUUACAUUCGGUGUCCGGUUACUUGCCAGCGGGAUUCCCGGCUUUUACUGUCAACGACACAGCACCUACAUGAUGUUGCGGUUCACUGUAGUACGAGGUGGCCUCGGGAUGCUGGCUGUGAGGAGGACCUGUGUGUCCCCGCGCUUCUCCCACUCUACCCCGCAGAGCAACAUCCGACCAAUCAAAAAAGUGAUGGUGGCCAACAGAGGGGAAAUCGCAAUCCGUGUGUUCAGAGCCUGCACUGAGCUCGGGAUUCGAACCGUGGCCGUCUACUCGGAGCAGGACACCGGACAAAUGCACAGGCAAAAGGCGGACGAGGCUUAUCUGAUUGGAAAAGGCCUUGCACCUGUUGCAGCAUACCUGGACAUUCCUGACAUCAUCAGAGUGGCCAAGGAAAACAAUGUGGACGCCAUCCACCCCGGCUACGGGUUCCUGUCGGAGCGGGCGGACUUCGCUCAGGCCUGCAUAGACGCAGGAGUGAUGUUCAUCGGACCGAGCCCAGAGGUGGUCCGCCAGAUGGGAGACAAGGUGGAGGCUCGGGCCCUGGCCAUCACUGCAGGUGUACCUGUGGUCCCGGGGACCGCGUUACCCAUCAGCUGCCUGAACGACGCGCAGGUGUUUGCAGAAACAUACGGCUUCCCCAUCAUCUUCAAAGCAGCGUACGGAGGAGGAGGCCGCGGCAUGAGGGUGGUCCGUGAGUACGAGGAACUUGAGGAGAAUUACCAGCGGGCCUACUCUGAAGCCCUGACGGCUUUUGGGAACGGAGCCCUGUUUGUUGAGAAGUUUCUGGAAAAGCCAAGACAUAUUGAAGUACAGAUCCUCGGCGAUAAAUAUGGAAAUGUCAUCCACCUCUACGAGAGAGACUGCUCCAUUCAGCGGAGACACCAAAAGGUUGUGGAAAUUGCACCGGCGUUCCAGCUGGACCCUCACCUGAGAAACCGUCUCCACUCUGACGCCGUGAACCUCGCCAAAAUGGUGGGCUACGAGAACGCGGGCACCGUGGAGUUCCUGGUGGACCGACAAGGCAAACACUACUUCAUCGAGGUCAACUCUCGACUGCAGGUUGAACACACGGUCACUGAAGAGAUCACCGAUGUGGACCUGGUGCACGCCCAGCUGCAUGUGUGUGAGGGCCGCAGCCUGCCUGAGCUGUCCCUCAAACAAGACAAGAUCAGAGUGAACGGCUGCGCCAUCCAGUGCAGAGUGACCACCGAGGACCCGUCCAGAGGCUUCCAGCCCGACACCGGCAGGAUCGAGGUUUUCCGAAGCGGCGAAGGCAUGGGCAUCCGCCUGGACAGCGCCUCUGCCUUCCAGGGGGCCGUCAUCUCCCCCCACUACGACUCCCUCCUGGUGAAAGUCAUCGCCAGCGGGAAGGACCUGCAGACUGCAGCCUCCAAGAUGAGCCGAGCCCUGGCCGAGUUCAGAGUGCGAGGGGUCAAGACCAACAUCCCGUUCCUGCAGAAUGUGUUUUCCAACCACCAGUUCCUCAACUCCACCGUGGACACCCAGUUCAUCGACGAGAACCAGGAGCUGUUCAACCUCAAACCCACUCAGAACCGGGCCCAGAAACUGCUGCACUACCUGGGUCAUGUGAUGGUGAACGGACCAACCACACCCAUUCCAGUCAAAGCUAAGCCUUCCUCCAUAGACCCUGUCAUCCCUCCUGUUACCUCGGGAGACCCUCCGCUAGGUUUCCGCGACGUGUUGCUGCGUGACGGUCCGGAGGGAUUCGCCAAGGCUGUCCGUGCCCACCAGGGUAUGUUGCUAAUGGAUACCACCUUCAGGGAUGCCCACCAGUCGCUCCUGGCAACAAGGGUUCGGACCCACGACCUGAAGAAGAUCUCGCCGUUUGUCAGCCACAACUUCAACAACCUCUACAGCCUGGAGAACUGGGGAGGUGCCACAUUUGACGUGGCCAUGCGUUUCCUGUCAGAGUGCCCGUGGAAGAGGCUCCAGGAGCUCAGAGCUCAUCCAAACGUCCCCUUCCAGAUGCUGCUGAGAGGAGCCAACGCUGUGGGCUACACCAACUACCCCGACAACGCUGUCUUUAAGUUCUGCGAGGUGGCGAAAGAGAACGGCAUGGACAUUUUCCGCGUGUUCGAUUCCCUGAACUACCUGCCCAACAUGCUGCUGGGCAUGGAGGCUGCUGGAGCGGCGGGGGGGGUGGUGGAGGCCGCCAUCUCCUACACGGGCGAUGUCUCGGACCCCAUGAGGCAGAAGUACUCUCUGGACUACUACAUGCAGCUGGCCGAUGAGCUGGUGAAAGCAGGAACUCACAUCCUCUGUAUCAAGGAUAUGGCCGGCCUCCUGAAGCCACAGUCCAGCAAGCUUCUGAUUGGCUCUCUGAGAGACCGCUUCCCCGACCUGCCCAUCCACGUGCACACUCACGACACCGCGGGGGCCGGAGUUGCCGCCAUGCUGGCCUGUGCCGAGGCUGGAGCUGACGUAGUGGACGUAGCUGUGGACUCUAUGGCCGGGAUGACCUCUCAACCCAGCAUGGGGGCCAUGGUGGCCUGCGCCAAGGGAACCAAGCUCGACACCGGCAUCGCUCUGGAGAAGGUGUUCGACUACAGCGAGUAUUGGGAAGUAGCGAGAGGCCUGUAUGCUCCAUUCGACUGCACGGCCACCAUGAAGUCUGGAAACGCUGACGUGUACGAGAACGAGAUCCCCGGAGGACAGUACACCAACCUGCACUUCCAGGCUCACAGCAUGGGACUAGGAAAUAAGUUCAAGGAGGUGAAGAAGGCCUACACCGAAGCCAACAAACUCCUGGGAGACCUCAUUAAGGUGACCCCCUCCUCUAAGAUCGUGGGGGACUUGGCCCAGUUCAUGGUGCAGAACAACCUGACCCGGGCGGAGGUGGAGGAGAGGGCGGAUGAGUUGUCCUUCCCCCUGUCGGUGGUGGAGUUCCUGCAGGGAUUCAUCGGGAUCCCACAUGGAGGAUUCCCCGAGCCGUUCAGAUCCAAGGUGCUGAAGAAUCUCCCUCGCAUUGAGGGUCGCCCCGGCGCCUCUCUGCCCCCCCUGGACUUCAAGUCCCUGGAGGAGGGUCUGCGGGCGGCACACAACGAUGAGAUCACCCCCGAGGAUGUGAUGUCAGCAGCCAUGUACCCCAAAGUGUUCCAGGAGUUUAAGGAAUUUACAGCUAACUUUGGUCCAGUGGACUGUCUCAGCACCCGGCUGUUCCUGGACGGACCCAAGAUCGCUGAGGAGUUUGAGGUGGAGCUGGAGAGAGGAAAGAUCCUGCACAUCAAGGCCCUCGCUCUGGGGGACCUGAACAAGGCGGGCCAGAGGGAAGUCUUCUUUGAACUGAACGGACAGCUGAGAUCUGUGCUGGUGAAAGACACUGUCGCCAUGAAGGAAAUGAAGUUCCAUCCCAAGGCUCAGAAGUCUAUCAAGGGUCAGGUGGGAGCGCCCAUGCCUGGAAAAGUGGUGGAGGUUAAAGUGGAAGUUGGAUCCAAGGUGGAGAAGGGGCAGCCGCUGUGUGUCCUCUCUGCCAUGAAGAUGGAGACCGUGGUCAACUCCCCGUUAGCCGGCACCAUCAAGGCGGUGCAUGUCAGGGCCGACGCCUCCCUGGAGGGAGGCGACCUGAUACUGGAGAUUGAGGAAUAGAGGGAGGUAUGAUCCUGGGAAUGAUGGGGGGGGGGGGGGGUAAAAACACUUAUCUGUUGCACACAAGCUGCACACAGCGGAUUGGUGUAAAUAGAUUAUCUGAUGAGGAUUCCUUAAUGAACUGUAGCACUAAUCCAACUAUAUUAUCUCUCAGGCGUGGUGAUUAGGAUCUCAGUACAUCUCUUAAUGUCCUGUCAACUUGUGGAGGAAAAACAUAUCUUAGAAAGACCUAUAUUUGAAUUGUUAUACAUUCCAUUACUUGCUAAUCUCACUAGUCUUAAAUGUGAUGUACUACAAACCGAGCUGAUCAUGUGUAACACCAACAGGGUUCUAAUAUCUAAUUGCAAUUAAAUGCCACAAUUUCCAUUUCUAUGCUGUUGAUGUUGCUUAAUAUAUUCAAGUGUGUAGAUGAAACUUUAUAUUAAUGUUUUUCUUGGGUUAGGACAAGAACUAUGUAUGCUCGCCUUGGCAUUACUGAUCUCUGAGCGUCACAUUAAGACUCACUGACUUUUGUAGGGUAAACAUGUAAUACUGUUCUUUAGAAAGACAAUGAAGCACACAUUUUACGGAAAAUAAAUACAAAUAUUAACACAAUGAGAGAAGCACAACAGAUCAAAGCACUGUUUCAGGGCCAGAUGUUUAAACAGUGUUUUGCUCUGAGAAAUAGUAGAUGGUUUACUUUUGGAAAGAUCUUCGCUGGUGAUGGAAAUGUUUCCCCAUUCACACCUGUCUUUAAAUCCCAUGAAGCUGUCGGCCAUUUUGGAGACAAGCUAACAGGAUUAGUCAUGUGAUUUUGUUGAAGUAUAUCUAAAACCAAUUGAGCUCUAUCUGCUGGAUUUUAAAAGUGUUAAAUCACAGGCUGCUAAGGUAACUUUCUUUUAGGGUCUCUGAUUUCAAAAAGCUUUCACAGCGCAGCUCGUCCAUCUUUUAAUAACCAGGAGAGAUUAUGGUGAACGGUCUUCUGACUGCAAGGGGAUUUUAAGGCUAGGUGAAAAUGGGAUUACAUGGUGGUGUAAUGGAGGCGUGUGGUGGUAUUUUCUGAGGCUCUGCUGAUGGAUUUUUAAAUGAAUUCUCUGUCAAAUGAUGUGAAAUUAGCCGGACUAAUAGCAGGCUCUGGAGACUACCAGUAGCAGCGCUCGGCUUUAUAUUUCUAAUGUGUGUGUUUGCAUAAAUUAGUGUGGCUGUGUGCAAGCAAAUUCACAAGUCAACCAGUCCUUAAAAUAAUGCACCUCCAGAAUUAAAAACCUCUUAAAAGCAAUUCAAUAUUCAUAAUAACACGCACUGAUGCAAACAUAUUUGUACUAACACUCCCAGCCCUUCUGCUGCCUAGAUACAAACAAACACACCUCUCAGUGGUGUUGCGCGGAUGUCAAACAUUACAGUUCCUGAAUUUAACCGACAAGAUUCAACCGAUUCCACAAAUGCCAGACUUCUCAAUUAUUUGGAUGUCUUGAACCUGGAAGUGAUCAAUGCUAAAUUGAAUAUUUCGCCACCCUGACCACCAGUGAAAGUAGAUAAAUAAUUAGCUCACAUAGUAAUGACAGUAGGAAAGGAAGCGUCACAUCUCCCUGUUAUGCAGUGAACGAGCAGAAAAGAUAUGACAGCCUACUUUCCCCAAACAUCAAUACAGCUUUGAUGGACUAAUCAAAGCACACAAUUAAAGUUGAACUGCUCCGGCAUUUUUGCUCCAUUGCCCCUGAGAAUGAGACCCCCUUCUGAACUAUGCAUCUAUACUAAGCAGUGACACUAUGUAAGUACGACACUGAAACGUCUUCUCGCUCUCCCAAGCCCCCUGUACUCCUGGCUUUAUCAAUCUGUAUUAACUACUGGGAUUGUAUGAAAGAGUGUUUUCAACCAGCUGUUGCAAAAUAAUGUUAAGUUCCCUCACUCGUCCAUAUAUCCAACCACCUUUUCAUCUCGUCUUCCUUCUCAACAGUGUAAAUGUUCACGUGUCAGAUGGUGGUUUCCUCUAAUGCAAUAAUGUACUGAAUCGCAGUGUUUCUCUGUCUUAGCCAGCUGUGAUUGUGACAACCAUGUUUCUGACAAUGUAUUGCUGUUAUUGUCUGGGGUUAAAAAAAAGAAUAAAUGUGAGGGAAAAAAGCACA